AUGUUCCGCCAACAGAUCGCUCGCCAGGCCCGCCUCUUCAGCACCACACCCGUCGCGCGCAAGAGCCCCGUUGAAGCUAUCAAGGAUGCUGCCAAGGCUGUCGACAGGACAAUCUCCGGUGCCGCUGUAAAGGGCAUUGAGAAGGGAGAGGAAGUCGCUGGCGCCGUUAAGGAAGCCACCCCCAACACCACCGGAGAGGCCAAGGGCCAGGCAAACGAGAUGGCCGGCGAGGCCAAGGGCAAGGCUCAAGAGCUUAAGGGCGAGGCCAAGGGCAAGGCCCAAGAGCUCAAGGGUGAGGCUAAGAGCAAGAUGUAA